AAACACCAAAGGGGAAGUAGAAUCAACCCCCAUCAACAGAAACACACACAGGUGUGUCGCCGCUGCUGCUGCUGCUGCUGCAGGCCUUCACUAUGGCUCAGAACCAGGUGAUCCUGCAGUUCCGUUUCGCCACCUUCGGCGACUCCAUGCUGCAGAAGAUGAACCUUCUACGACACCAGAGACGCUUCUGUGAUGUCACUGUGCGCAUCAACCAGCUGGAGGUCCCUGGUCACAAAGUGGUGUUUGCUGCCGGCUCUUCUUUCUUAAGAGACCAGUUCAUCCUGCAGCAGGACUCCAAGGAGGUCCAGAUCUCCAUGAUGCAGGAGGCGGAGGUGGGACAGCAGCUGCUCCUGUCCUGCUACACAGGCCAGCUGGAGUUUCCAGAGCUGGAGCUGGUGCAUUAUUUGACAGUGGCCAGCUUCCUUCAAAUGGGUCACAUUGUGGAGCAGUGCACUCAAGCCCUCAGUAAGUUCAUCAAGCCUCAGGCUCCUCCACGCCAGCUGGAGGCGGAUGUGAGUAAGAGGCGGGAGAAGAAUGUGGAGGGUUCUUCAUCCCAGAUCCAGAUGGAGCAAGAGCACUCUCAGGUGCAGUCUGUUCUUCAUGAGAAGGAGGAGGAGGUAGAGCAGCUUGAGGAUGACAACACUGGUGACAAUGACCAUGAUGGAGAUGACUGUGAUGACGACGAUGAUGAUGAUGACGAUGUGAUAAUACAACCCACGUCUCCUCUGCAGAUUUUAGGCAGACACCCAAGGCAGGGUAUGAUGGAGAAUGACAUCACUAUAGUAAAGGUAGAGUCAGUGUCUGAUGUAGCAGAAAACUCCAUCACGGGUCACUUCCCCACCAGUCCGCCUGCAGCCCUCAGCUCUCCUGAGCCCCAGCAUUCCCUCAUCAACUCCACGGUGGACAGUCGCAGUAGCGAGAUGCCAGUUCCGGCUGGCAUUGCCGGAUACCCGCUCACUCCUCCUCCUCCGUCACCUCCUGCAGAGAAACACAGUGGUCACCAGAGGAACUACGACAAGCCUCUGCAGUGGUACCACCAGUGCCCAAAGUGUGCGCGGGUCUUUCGUCAGCUGGAGAACUAUGCCAACCAUCUUAAGAUGCACAAGCUCUUCAUGUGCCUCCUGUGUGGAAAGACUUUCACACAAAAAGGCAAUCUGCACCGACAUAUGCGCGUCCACGCCGGCAUCAAGCCCUUCCAGUGUAAAAUCUGUGGCAAAACCUUCACCCAGAAGUGUUCUUUACAGGAUCAUCUUAACCUGCACAGUGGGGACAAACCUCACCGCUGCAAUUACUGUGACAUGGUGUUCGCUCAUAAGCCAGUUCUUCGUAAGCACCUCAAACAGAUCCACGGGAAGAACAGCUUUGACAACGCAAACGAAGGCAACCUGCACGACGGAGGGCUUGACUUUGAUUUCAGCAGAAUUUGAAAUCUGUGGAUGUUUUUACUUUAGGUCUGUUGGAUCGAAUCCUUUAAAUGGACAUGGUUCAGAUUUUGCUUCAAGUGGGACAUUACUUCAAUGACACUUUGAUAACGUUCGGGCCUCAUGUACAAAUGAUUGUGUAGCUUUUAUACUGAAAGAUGAAAUAAUCCAGAUGUAUGAAGUCUCAGUGAAAAUGAAACUGAGAGCGUGUGCACAAGCAGCACAGUCUGCCCCAGUUUGUCCCAAAAAUGUAAAUGACUAUCAAUCAUUUCAACCCUCUACUGACCCCUAUUUCCUAAAGAACAACGGCCAAUGUGGCUGCAAAGAAGGAGAAAAAUGAAAGGAAAGAGAUUUUACUAAGCAUCAGAUCAAAGCAUUAACCUUUGACGAGAAAAGAAUAAGAGAAUAUUUUAUUUUGGAGGUAUGUUCCCAAGAAAAUGUCAGGCUGCUGUGUUUGUGACACCACCGUGUCACAUCAACAGAAACUUUAUGUCCAGAGUAAAGUUUCCUCUUUAGGAAAAUGACUUCAGAGGUCUCUUCCCUCCUUUGUGUCCUUUCGUGUCACUUUGUCCACAUACAUCAGUGACAGUUUUUGACACUCCAUUGUGUGUGUUGAAAUCAGUGUCGUUAAAUGUUAGUGGGUGUGCACUGUUUAUACAUGAGGCCCCUGCAGUUUAAGUUAAAGAAAGCCUGAUGUGAGUAAACUUUAAGGCAACUGGACACUACAAACAUGUUUCCUGUUUUCGAAUUCACUGUAGUUUCAUGACCUUGGACCUUGGCCAAGGAGGUUUGUUGGUUUGUUUGCAAGGGUGGGGUCAUACUUUCCACAAGCUGUGUCUGAGCAGAGGUCCACUAGGGUCCACGUGACAUAAUUGUUGUCAUCAGCCCACAGACGACUGCAGUAUGAGUCCGUUUGAAUUGUACACACCCACGGCACAUGCUUUCACAACACUUUCCAGUCUAGUGGACGGUGUUCUGUUGUGUGGUCUUGUUUUGGUCAGAAGUGAUAACAAAGACAACGGGGCAAGCAUGGGAACCUGCUUAUGGUGAUGUGAGUAGAUCUGUUGUUGCCCACACACUCAGCAUUCAAAGAAUACCUGGACAUAGAAAGCAAAUCCACACUACUAAAAAGGAAUGUAAGAUGGAAUACUAUACUGAUGCAGAGCCUUGUUUUAGUUUAACCAGAAUCACUGACACAGGCAGAUGUGGAACUUCACAGUGGCUUCUGCAGAAAUGAUGACCCAGCCCUUAGACGAGUUACGGAAGAAAUACUGAUUUUUUUUUUCUGUUUGUUUGUUUUUAACAAAACUUGGAGGCCUGGUUUUUGGGCCCAGAAAAAAAUCCAUUAGAAUUUGGUGUUAAUUCAAAUAUGGGGACAGAACAAGGGGUUGACUUAGCUACUAAGCUUAAUUGAAUUCAAGGAGACUGUUGGGCCUUGACAGAUGAAGGUGCUCUACUGAUUGCCAUUCUAGGUUUUAUAUGGACUAUAAUAGUAGAUGCCUUUAUAUCAUACUUGAAAAAUCAGCACUGAAACACUAAACAUAAUGACUGUAUCACGAGAUAAUGAUGUAUAAUUAGCAGUUAUUGAUGAACUGGGAUGUCUUUGUGUCCACUGUGUCCAAUGAGAUGAAAGAAAAACAAAUAUUGGUUUGUAUAUUGUGUGUGUACUGUGGACUUUCUGUCUUCAUGAGUAGAAUAAACUUGAAUGAGGCUGGUUAUGAAAAUAUUAAAGUCAAUCUGUGCCAGUGACCAAUGAGAUGCCAAAGUGUCUGUGUUCUUUUAUACUAACUCUGUAUCUGAGGAACUAUUGGACCAAAGUGACAUUGUAUCUGUCCUGUGUUCAUGAGAGUCAUCAUGUGUUAUAAAAUAAACUGACUGUUAACCA